AUGAAACUGGUGAGUGCUACAACACGUUACAUUACACAUAGAGGGCCAGGAGGGGAGGGACGCGGGUUGAGUGACAAGCGGACGUCGUUCUACCUUCCAGUGACUGUCGAGCAACUCCACAUUAGUAGUACUACCACGGUCAGGGAGGUCAUACAGGUGCUGAAGAAAUUUAUGGUGCUGGAUAACCCACGCAAGUUCCCUGUACAGACAGAACACCGCGAUGGACAGGUUCUGUUCCAGAAACUUCCUCUGGUGGAGUGUCCUCUCUCUCUGAGACUGGUGGCAGGGCCAGACCCUGAGCUGCUCAGCUUUGUCCUCAAGGAGAACGAGACCGGAGAGGUUGAGUGGCAUGCGUUUUCAGUUCCUGAGCUGCAGAACUUCCUGGUGAUUCUGGAGAAGGAGGAGGCCGAGCGUGUGCGAUUGGUGGAGCAGAGAUUCACAGCUUACCGACAGAUAUUGCAGAAGGCACUAUGCGAGCAUCAACCCUGAUCCCUCACCCUUGAUCCCUCAUCCCUAAUCUCUCACCCUGACCCCUCAACCCUCACCCUUCUGUUGACCCAGGGAGAGACAGGAGACCACUGAAGCUCACAGACUACUAUUCUCCCCUCAUUACACGGUCAGCCCCCCUCCAUCCCUCCCUCCUCACCCCCCUUAAGAAGAGAGGAGGGGUUGAGAAAGCAUGGAAAGGGAAAAGGGGACUGAUUAACGGGCGAGUGGGCAGGAUUCUGGAACAUAAUCAGUGUUUCCCUGGGAGGUGAAAGACACGCUGAACUGACAGACCCUCUGACUUCAUUGGGCUCAGAUAUCUCAUUUUGGUCUGACAAUGUGACCUGAUGAGUCUUCUAAUGUUACAUUGAAUCUCCGUUUGGUCUGAUUAUGUUUUUAAGAUUAUACUGCUGCUGCUGCUACUGCAAGUGUUACUUAUUUACUUACUUAUGUAUUUACUAAGGCAUGAGUCUCACCCUGCUCUAUCUGCCCCAGCGCCCCUGCAUAAAGAUUCAGAUGGACUAGAACAGACAUUACCAUUCAAAACAACGCUCCAAACAACGCUCCAGGGACCAUUUGGAAUGUUCCAUUACUUGAUGUUUACGAUAUCAACUCUCAGGUUGUCCCUGCAUGCCUUCUGUCCAGGGUCGAGGGUAGGAGACGGGUGGGUAUGCUUGGGUUGGGAAGUAGGGUUGGGAUGCUGGGGUAAAGCUAUGUUCGUCUUCAUCUUCAGACUCCUCUCAUAUCAGUCCCAGGGAUGUACACCAGUGUUUCUCAUAGAACUGCUCUGCUGAGCUAAGGAGGCAACAGAAGAAGACCUGAGCUCUCUAUCCUAAUUUAUUUACCCAGCGCUGAAAUAACCUAACUUUCACUUAAUCCUGCAUCUCCAUCUACCUGGGUAACCAUGCUAGUGUGGGAGGUGUUGUGCAGAUAGACGUGUAUAUCAUAAAUAGAUGCUAUUCCCAUAGACACUAGUCUCUUCAGAUAGACAUUGAGUACCCUGACUGCAUUCACAUAAACAGAGACAUAGGCCUUCUGUACCCAUUAUUCAUUCACCCAUCCUACAGAAGCUAUGUCUUCUGUACCUGUUAUUCAUUCACCCAUCCUACAGAAGCUAUGUCUUCUGUACCUGUUAUUCAUUCACCCAUCCUACAGAAGCAUACCGUAUGUAAACGAUCAGUAGAUUCCUUCAUUGCAUGAAUCGUCUGCUGGUGUUUAAAGCAUUUACAAACAGUUGAUAUUUUGACCUUUCAUAUACACGUCACCCUUCCCUCAUCAAUAACCCAUUACCUUUAUCUCCUGACCCCUAACCUGGAAAUGUACAUUUCUCCUGAUGGGAGACUGCUUUGCUGCUGUUCCCAGUGUCUGUGGAGAAGGUAUGCAGCUGUAGCUACUGUUGUUAGAGCCAGCCACUCUGUGCUGCUGUGAUAGGCCCCUGAAGCCCUGCUACUGAGCCGACUGUUACAGGACCGAGUGAAUGAGGAACUGAUGCUCAAACACUGAUUGAGGGUCAAAAGGUCAUCUGCCAGGAGUUAUUCCUGGUCAGUUCAUGUAGUUAGGAAAAACUCCUGUUCCUAUAGUUCAUUGAGCUGAGAAACCCCAUUCUGGUGGUCACACCAAAGUUAAGAGGGACAGGGGCAGUGGGAUAUGCCUGACUGAAAAGAUGACGUAUUGUAGGAAAAAACUUUUUUGCACACUGAUUCUGGCCACAGAUUGGUCUGCCAGUCUGUAUAGUAUCCUAGAGAAGGAGCAUGAAAUUAGUGAUUUUUAAAAUAAAAUUUAAGGGAAUUUGAUCAUACAAUUAAUGUUUAUCUGAGUGUGAUGCAUAUGUAUAUAUGUAAACAUUGGAGGACAAAUUAUUAUUAUUGAUUAUAACUAUUGUUAGUUGAAUUGGUGUGUGCGUCUGGGCUGAAGAUAAUAGUAUAAAUGUUAAAUGAUAGUUCAUAUCUAUGUAUUCCAGUCAGUCUCUCUCAUCGUCCAAAAGCACAUGCCUUCCUGAUGCCGAGAGUCCCUUCAUCAACCCUGUUUUAUUCCUGCCCUCACAGGGCUUAUAGAAGCCACACAAACAGAUCUGAGACCAGACUACAUGUCAACGAUGGAACCCUUAAGAUUGUGUGUGUGUGUGUGACUUUGUGUGCUUACAUCUGCGUGUGUAUUAUUUAUUUUAUGGUUCACCCGCUURGGCAUGGUGUUAAGUGUCAGAGGAUGUGGGCAAUCAAUGCUUUCCAAUAAUCUCUUAGUUUGGUUUAUCUGAAGAAUCAGAUGUGUAUAUAGAUAUCUGUAAAGCUGUAUAGAAAAUGAAGAAUGAAAUAAAUGUCAUCCUUUAAUGAG